AUGAAGGUGAAGAACAGGAAAAGGCAGGUUCCAGAAAGCGAAAAAGAUCAUCUUCGCAUGAUGAAACCUGCCCUAGUACUAAGAAAGCACCUGUACCAUCGCAUGUCGCUCCCAGAAACACAGUACCAGGUCCAACAUCUCUUGACCGGCUUUGUUUCCAAUCUGUACUGGGUCCUGCUGGCUACUGAUUACAUCAGUAACCAGAAGGUUGCUGUAAAAGUGGUGAGCAAAAGAGCUAUGCUGAAUCUUGGCUGGGAGAACAUCAUGUCGGAGCGUCGGGUCUUGGAGAUCACAGCAGGCAGCUUCUUUCUCACCCAUGCCGUCUCCACUUUCCAGACAGAGGAAGGGCAAUGGUUUAAAUUUUAUCAUUUGGGGUUAACUUUAUGUUUAUUCAACAGGUUCUUCGCGGCAGAGAUUGUCUGCGGCCUGCAGUUCCUGCACAACAAUGGUGUCAUCCAUCGAGACCUGAAACCAGAAAAUAUUCUCCUGGACGGCGUCGGCCAUAUAAGAAUAGCUGAUUUUGGGCUGGCGCUAGAGAAUAUGUUUGGUGAUAUCAAAGCCAUUGGAAAUGCAGGAACAAAUGGCUAUAUUGCACCAGAGAUGUACAGAGGUGAAUGCUACAACCGGGGAGUCGACUGGUGGGCAUUUGGCGUCAUCCUUUAUCAAAUGGCCACGGGAUUAUAUCCCUUUUAUUUUGAUGAUAAUGAUGAUAACACCUUGAUCAACUCAGUGCUCUACCAAACACCAGAGUACCCUGAGUGGCUUAGCAUUACCACCAAAGACAUUUUACAAUUGGUGAGUACAAGCAGAUAUUCUAUGGGCUUUAGAAUUCCUCUCGAUAUAUAG